UCUAUGGGCCUUUUUUACUUUGGCUGUUUUGGAAAUGCACCAACUAAAAAUUAACCCCUAAGGGAUUUAUGGUCUAUGACUUUUGCACACAUCACUCAAAAACAGAAGUGGGAAGCAAGACUCACAUGAGUUCAGGGAAACUGAAACUGAAGUGUAGUUGAGCUGUUGUGUGUUUGAGUCUCUGUGUUCAUGCUGUAAAAUGGCAGAAGCCAGAAUUUCUCAGGAUGAGUUCAUGUGUCCAGUGUGUCUGGAUCUCCUGAAGGAUCCAGUGACCAUUCCCUGUGGACACAGUUACUGUAAGAUCUGUAUUACAGGCCGCUGGGAUCAGGAGGAUCAGACGAGAGUCUACAGCUGCCCUCAGUGCAGACAGACCUUCAGUCCAAGACCUGCUUUAGCUAAAAACACCAUUCUGGCUGAAAUGGUGGAGAAACUGAAGAAGACUACACUUACUGCUGACUGUUACGCUGGAGCUGGAGAUGUGCAGUGUGACGUCUGUACUGGAAGAAAACACAAAGCCGUCAAGUCCUGUCUGGUGUGUCUGGAGUCUUACUGUCAAACUCAUUUUGACCGUCAUGAGGAAUUUCACUCACGUAAGCCACAUAAAGUGACUGAAGCCACUGGACGACUGCAGGAGAUGAUCUGCCACCAACAUGAUAAACUCCUUGAGAUUUUCUGCCGCACCGAUCAGAAGUAUUUAUGUGUGUUUUGUAUGAUGGAUGAACAUAAAAACCACGACACUGUAUUAGCUGCAGCACAGAGGACAGAGAAACAGAGCUCUGCAGCAGUGGAGGACAGUGAGAGGAUCUUCACUGAGAAACAGACAUGUUCACAAGUCCCUGCGGUCAAGUCCAAGUCAAGUCUCAAGUCUUUGAGGUCCAUUUCAAGUCACAAGUCUUUGAGGUCCAAGUCAAGUCUCAAGUCUCUGAGGUCCAAGUCAAGUCAAGGCUACGUCAAGUCUCAAAUCUUUGAGAGUUUCCAGUCUCUCUCAGCUCCUCCUGAAUCUACAGAUGUGAAUGACAAACUCAAGGAGCCGAAGAAGAUCUCUGGCAGAGUCACUUUUGUCAACAUUGUUCCCUGGACCAGGAGCAACUUCCUACAAUAUUCCCAUCAGCUCACUCUGGAUCUAAACACAGUGAAUGAAGACCUUUGUCUGUCUGAGUGGAACAGAGUGAUUACAUUCACUAACACAGUCCAGCGGUAUCCUGAUCAUCCAGACAGAUUUAAUUAUUGGUCUCAGGUGUUGUGUAGAGAGAGUGUGUGUGGAUGUUGUUACUGGGAGAUUGAGUGGAGUGGUGAUGUGUCUAUAUCAGUGUCAUAUAAGAGCAUCAGCAGGAAGGGAUCAGGUGUUGAGUGUUUGUUUGGACGUAAUAAUCAGUCCUGGAGUUUGAUCUGCUCUCCCUCCAGAUACUCAUUCUGGGACAAUAACAUAGAGACCGAACUCCCAGUAAAGCCCAUCAGCAGUAGAAUAGGAGUGUGUGUGGAUCACAGUGCAGGAGCUCUGUCUUUCUACAACAUCUACAGAAACAUAAUGAGCCUCAUCCACACAGUCCAGACCACAUUCACUAAACCGCUCUAUCCUGGGUUUGGUGUUGGUUAUAAAUCCUCAGUGAAACUGUGUUGAUGAAUCACUCCAUUAAAGUCACCACACAAGUUGGACCAAAAAUUGUUGGGCCAGGUCAAAAAAGGGUUGAGAAAAGCAUUGUAAAUAGUUGAUGCCCCAACACCCUAACAGCCCCCACCACCUCCCCAUUCCAUUUUGUUUAUUUUUCUUAUAAUAAAUCAUGUUCAAUUCAUUGUUGUUCCAUUCAUUGUUCUAAUAAAUAUUUGAAGUGUU